AGCAGAGGGCGUGCCGACGGUGGCGGCGUGCGUUUGCCUGUGACACAAUUACAACAACUUUGAGCCGCUGGUUGGGGAAGUUUGCUAUAUAAUCAAAUAUCAAUCUCUCCUACAACCCAACAUUAUAUCAACUUCAUGCAUAAAUUGGGACUGGAAUACAAGCUGUGUUUUGAUGUACAAUGAGGAAUGUGAAGGGGAACUUGAAAGGAUAAUUUCCUUGAGGAUUUGGAAAGAAUUACGCUACGCCCCGUUUUAAUCCUGGAUAGGUGUGCAACGGGUUCGUCCUUUCUGCUUUCUGCCGGAGUUGCUCGGUUCCGCUGAUAUUCCCGUUCCUUAUCCAUGAAAUCGUGCGGAGUGUCGCUCACCGCCGCUGCCUCUGCUGCUGCCCGGAGUCUCGGCGUUGCUGGUAAUGACGAGGAGAAAAUGGCGUCGGGAAAAGCGACUGAAAUCGAAGAGGACUUUCCGAAGCUAACAGCGCAAGAGAAAGAGAGCUUGGUCGGAAUUGACAGUUCACUGUUUGGAUUUCAUGGGCUUCAAGAAGAUGGCGCCAGAACGAAGGCCUUGCUGUUAAAGGCUGUUAGCUGCUACGAUGCCCUCAUCCUGAAAGCAGAGGGGAAAGUGGAUGCUGACAUUUUCUGCCAGCUCGGCCACUUCAACCUCCUGUUGGAGGACUACACAAAAGCAUUAUCUGCAUACCAGAGGUACUUCAGUUUACAGUCGGACUACUGGAAGAAUGCUGCCUUUUUAUAUGGCCUUGGAAUGGUUUACUUCCAUUACAAUGCAUUUCAGUGGGCAAUCAAGGCGUUCCAGGAGGUGCUUUACAUCGACCCAGGGUUCUCAAGAGCUAAAGAGAUUCAUCUGAGACUGGGACUCAUGUUUAAAGUUAACACAGACUACGAGUCAAGCUUAAAGCAUUUUCAGCUGGCAUUGAUCGACUCCAAUCUCUGCACCUUGUCCAAAGCUGAAAUUCAGUUCCACAUUGCUCAUUUGUAUGAGAUUCAGAAGAAAUACAGAGCAGCGAAGGAGGCGUAUGAGAGUCUGCUGCAGACAGAAAAUCUUCCUGCACAGGUGAAGGCGACCACACUGCAACAACUUGGCUGGAUGCAUCACACAGUGGAGCAGCUGGGGGAUAAAGGCACCAAGGACAGCUAUGCCAUCCAGUGUCUGCAGAAGUCUCUAGAAGCAGACCCAAACUCUGGCCAGUCCUGGUACCUUCUUGGCAGGUGCUACUCCAGUAUUGGGAAGGUGCAAGAUGCCUUCAUCUCUUACCGCCAGUCCAUCGAUAAGUCGGAGGCUAGUGCUGACACCUGGUGCUCCAUAGGUGUUCUAUACCAGCAGCAGAACCAGCCUAUGGAUGCGCUGCAGGCCUACAUCUGUGCUGUUCAACUGGACCAUAGCCACGCCGCCGCCUGGAUGGACCUAGGCACCCUCUACGAGUCCUGCAACCAGCUGCAUGAUGCUAUGAAGUGCUACAUCAACGCUACACGCAGCAAGACCUGCCUCAACACGGCAGCACUCACUCAGCGCAUCAAGCUGCUGCAGGCUCAGUUGUGUAACCUACAUCCAGGUAGUCUGCAGAAUAAGAGUAAAAUGCUUCCUAGUAUUGAGGAGGCAUGGAGCCUUCCCAUCCCUGCUGAGCUCACAUCCAGGCAGGGGGCCUUGAACACAGCACAGGCACAGCAGGCCUGUAAGGGGGAGGGAGGCCAGUCUGCCAGCAAUCACACAGACCCACAGGCCAGUCCUGCCAAGAAGAAACGCACUGCCAGCCCAGCCAAGGGUGCUGUGGACUCAUGGGCAAACAGUCCCGGUCAUCAGCAGAUGCCCAGCUGGUAUUUAACACCACAGAAACUUCAGCACCUGGAUCAUUUACGGACCAACCGAGCAAACCUCAGUCCCCCUCAGCUGAAGAUGCUUGAAGAGCUGGAGAACCAGUUCUCCCUCAUGCAGCAACAUCAGCAGCAGAUGAGGCAGCAGGCGGCAGCGGCGGGUGGUCAGCCGCGGCCCGGCCUUCCAAACGGUCCAUCAGCCGAGUUGUCUCAGCACCACGCCGCCCGCUCCCACACAUCCCCCCUAAAUCACGCAGCCACCCGGCCCCCUUGCGUCACCCAGCCCACAGCCAACGGAUCUUGCUUUUCGAGUCCUUCAGCAGGGCUGCUGGGACACCAGGACAAGAAUCACACCCUUGGACUGGGAGGCGGCGGCCCGAGCAACGGAAACGUGCCUUACCCGCAGCAGAACUCUCUACCUCAAACCAGCACAGCCGCCAGUCACCCAGGCACCAGCAGCACUACCAGUAGUCCCAGUCAGGCAGAUGAGACGUGGAGGAGCCAACAACACAACACUACCACUCAGGGGCUUCAAAAAAAUCCAGGUUCCCAUUCGGCAGGACCCAAUGGAGAACCCCCUUUUUCUUCCUCCUCUUCCUCCCCUCAGACCUCCUUCUCCUCCUCUGGCAUUCUGAAUCAGGUUGGACAUUGCUCCGGGCCCUGCACUGCCUCUUCGUCAGCCUCCUCUUUAUCCCCCACAUCCCCCCAGACAACACCCAACCACUUGUCCUCGCCUCCCCACUGCGCUACUACCUCAGGGGUCCACACCAAAGACACAACGCCUUCAGGGGGCAAAAACUGCAGCAGCACCGCCGCCGCUGCUUUGCCAUCAGGUCCGGAAGCCACCGUCAGCCCCGGCACCACCCCCGCGCAGGGAUUGACUAAUCACGUCCAGCAACGGGUGAUGGACGGCUCCGCCAGCCGGUCUCAGCCCGGCUCUCCCGCCCCCGGCGUGCUCAGUUCAGACAAUCCUCAACUCUCAGCCUUGCUAAAGGGAAAAGCCAAUGCUACCAGUAAUGACGACGACAUUAACUACAGUAACCACAGAGGGUCUUCCUCAGUGAAAAUAAACAACGUCCACCCGGGUCUCCACGGGGCCGCCAAGCCGAUUUUAGAGCACUCGGUGGCAUCCUCGCCACUUUCAGCCACUGCUCCACCCUCCCCCUGCUCAGCAGACCCGCACGCCACCAACAGCCUCUCCUGCCUUAACAGCCCGUCCAACUCGAACAGUCAGGGACCUACGCUCAAUGGGAAGGGGCUGGAGGACUCUCAGAGCCCGCUGAAGGUAGAGCCUUCUGGGGGAGCUCUUAAACGUACGGCCCCUGCUGGUCAGGCACCCUGGUCCUCAGUUUCCAUCUAUCCCAGCUCCAGCGAAGUACUUAAAGUGUGCAGGAACCUGGGGAAAAACGGCUUGUCGACCAGCAGCAUCCUCCUGGACAGGUGCCCCCCGCCGCGGCCCCCUCCUCCACCCUCUCCUGCACUGCCAAAGGACAAACUCAACCCCCCAACGCCCAGUAUUUAUCUUGAAAACAAGAGGGACGCGUUCUUCCCUCCCCUCCAUCAGUUCUGCACCAACCCCACCAACCCGGUCACUGUCAUCAGGGGACUGGCUGGAGCGCUGAAACUGGACUUGGGCCUGUUCUCCACGAAGACGUUGGUGGAGGCCAACCCCGACCACCUGGUGGAGGUGCGGACCCAGCUGGCGCAGCCCACCGAUGAGAACUGGGACCCCAGUGGAAGCAGGAAGAUGUGGCGCUGCGAGAGCAGCCGGUCACACACCACCAUCAUCAAAUACGCCCAGUACCAGGCAUCGUCUUUCCAGGAGUCCCUGCGGGAGGAGAAUGAGAAAAAGAAAGAGGUGGAAGCAGAGGCAGCUUCCUCCGACAGCAUGAUGCGGCGAAGGAAAGGCUCCCUCAAACACAUCAAGUUUGGCACCAACAUCGACCUCUCUGAUGAGAAGAAGUGGAAGCUGCAGUUGCAGGAGCUGACGAAGCUGCCGGCUUUUGCCAGGGUGGUGUCCGCUGGUAACCUGCUCAGCCAUGUAGGACACACCAUUCUGGGCAUGAACACCGUCCAGCUGUACAUGAAGGUACCAGGGAGCAGAACACCAGGCCACCAAGAGAACAACAACUUCUGUUCAGUGAACAUCAACAUCGGUCCUGGUGACUGCGAGUGGUUCGCUGUGCCUGAGCCUUACUGGGGCGUCAUCAAUGACUUCUGUGAAAAGAACAACAUCAACUUCCUGAUGGGCUCCUGGUGGCCGAACCUGGAGGACCUGUACGAGUCCAACGUGCCCGUUUAUCGCUUCAUCCAGCGACCCGGGGACUUGGUGUGGCUCAACACGGGCGCUGUUCACUGGGUUCAGGCCAUCGGCUGGUGCAACAACAUUGCGUGGAACGUGGGGCCCCUUACAGCAUAUCAGUACAAGCUGGCAGUGGAGCGCUACGAGUGGAACAAGCUGCAGAGCGUCAAAUCCAUCGUUCCCAUGAUCCACCUCUCAUGGAACAUGGCGAGGAACAUCAAAGUGUCGGACUACAAGCUUUUUGAGAUGAUCAAGUAUUGUUUGUUGCGGACUCUGAAACAGUGUCAGAUGCAGAGGGAGAUGCUGCUGGCUGCUGGGAAAGAGCUGGUGUGGCAUGGCAGGACGCAGAACGAGCCGGCACAUUACUGCAGCAUCUGCGAGGUGGAAGUGUUUGACCUGCUGUUUGUGACCAGUGAAAGCAACACCAGGAAAACGUAUGUGGUGCACUGCCAGGACUGUGCCCGGAGGGCGAGCACGGACCUGGAAAACUUUGUGGUUCUGGAGCAGUACAAGAUAGAGGACCUCAUGCAGGUUUAUGACCAGUUCACACUGGCGAGUCCCCUGCCUUCCUCCUCUUGAUGGUGACAAUUUAGAACCAUAACAGACUUCAUCGGAAACUCUCCGGAAGUUUUUUCUUUCUUUCUUUCUUUUGUUUGUUUGUUUUUUCUGAUAUUCAGGAAGUAAGGUGGCAGUCCUCAGACUGCGUCCUGUAGCUAUCCCACAAGGCAGCUGUGUGAAAGCUGUGUGUCUAUGCAACCUGCCUGGAGCAGCGUGACUCCCCCUGGUGGACUGGAGGGGGAUGGCAGCUCCUCUCUUGUCGUCAUGAUCUGACUGUUCUACUGCUGGCCCAGAUGGACUUCACCAGAAAACACCCAAGAUCAUAACAAAAACAAAGUUUUGUACAUAUUAAGUUUGAACUGGCACCGUCUCGCAGCGACUACUGAAGCGAUAGUUUUUUUCUUUUGUGUUUUGUUUGUGAGUUGACAUCGGAGCUUCGUUCCUUCCCCUUCAUGAGACGAGUAAUUAGCAUUAGCAGGUCUUUUGUAUGGUAGACACCUCCUGCCAGGAAAACGAGAAGAAAAAACACCUGUUUUGUAAUGUGAAAUAUGAAUGACACGUUCUUUUAAACAUUUCCCCCUUUUUUUGUUUCUUAAUCACCUUAAAGAGGCAUUUUUAUUUGCUGGAAACCUUUAGUUUGUCAAGGGAGAGAAAACGAUUUGUGGAGACGUCAAAGAAAAAGGGUUGCACAUGGAUAAAAGAGUGAACUUUAAUUUGUGUUUCUUUUUUAUUUGGAUGUAAAUUUACACUAUUUAUAAAUGCAUAUUUAUUGCUUGGAAAUAUUUGUUGAUGGAAUGCUGUAAUUUUUUCCUCCAGAGUACCUGCCAUUAAAUUUGAAGGAGCCUUGUGAUUUUAAGCUCGGCUCCUCGUAUGUUUUCUAUAUGAAUAAAACUGCUUAGUAAGCGAUGUACAGAGACCUUACCUUGAAAUGGGUUUAUUGUUUGAAGGAUGUUUUAUGCGUCAAUAAACAAAAGCGGUCUUUAUUUA